UCUCCUGGAGGGAAGAAUGGUCUCUAUGGCUUUGCUUGUAGAACAAGGACCUGAGAAAAAGGAUUCCAAGUUCUCCUGGCAGUUUUGAAGGCUUUUGUGGGCUUUUGUGGUGGCCCAGUUUCUAGGUCUGUUCUACCGGCCUGGGAUAGUUCAGUGUUUUUCUGUUUGUUUUUUCAUUAAGAGAGAAGUAAUGUUAAUCCCUUAGGGAUGUGUUGCGUGAAGCAAUUCAACCUUCGGUUUUACUGCAUGAGAAUGAUAUGUUAUAGUGUAACGUAGCAGAAGAAACUUCGGCUAUAUUUUAAAGUGGAACGGAGCAUUUUCGUGACAGCCUUUGACCGCCUUUGCGUUAACCCUUUGGUCGCUGCUUUUUGCUAAAAUGAGCGCCCACCCUUCCCCCACUCCCUUCGAGCGGGAGCGGGAGCGGCGAGUCCGGAGCGCCCUGAAGAAAGUGUUUGGAUUUGAUUCUUUUAAAACACCUCUACAGGAGAGUGCGACCAUGGCUGUAGUGAAAGGUGACAAGGAUGUUUUUGUGUGCAUGCCCACAGGGGCAGGGAAAUCGCUUUGUUAUCAGCUCCCUGCCCUGUUGGCCAAAGGAAUCACCAUCGUAGUCUCUCCUCUCAUUGCCUUGAUUCAGGACCAGGUAGACCACCUGCUGGCCUUGAAGGUACAGGUUAGUUCCCUGAACUCGAAGCUGUCAGUACAGGAGAGGAAGGAGCUGCUGUCUGACCUGGAGCGAGACAAACCUCGGACCAAACUUUUGUACAUCACCCCGGAGAUGGCAGCUUCAGCCUCCUUCCAGCCCACCCUGAAUUCCCUCAUGGCCCGAAACCUGCUGUCCUACUUGGUGGUGGAUGAAGCUCAUUGUGUUUCCCAGUGGGGACAUGACUUCCGGCCUGACUAUUUGCGUCUGGGUGCUCUACGUUCCCGCCUGGCACAUGCCCCGUGUGUGGCUCUGACUGCUACAGCCACCCCACAGGUUCAAGAGGAUGUGUUUACGUCCCUACACUUGAAGCAACCAGUGGCCUCUUUCAAGACUCCCUGCUUCCGGCCCAAUCUCUUCUAUGAUGUGCAGUUCAAGGAACUCAUUCCUGACCUCUAUGGGAACCUGAGGGACUUCUGCAUGAAGGCUCUUGGACAGAAGGCUGAUAAAGGGCCGGCCUCUGGCUGCGGCAUUGUCUACUGCAGGACUAGAGAGGCUUGUGAACAACUGGCUGUGGAGCUCAGCUGCAGGGGUGUGAACGCCAAGGCUUACCACGCAGGGCUUAAGGCUCCUGAUAGAACACGGGUACAGAAUGAGUGGAUGGAGGAGAAGGUCCCUGUAAUUGUCGCGACCAUCAGCUUUGGGAUGGGCGUGGACAAAGCCAACGUGCGGUUUGUUGCCCAUUGGAAUAUUGCCAAGUCCAUGGCUGGCUACUACCAGGAGUCUGGCCGUGCUGGCAGGGAUGGGAAACCAUCCUGGUGCCGUCUCUAUUACUCCAGGAAUGACCGAGACCAAGUCAGCUUUCUCAUCAGAAAGGAAAUAGCCAAACUCCAGGAAAAGAGAGGGAGCAAAGCAUCUGAUAAAGCCACCCUGCUGGCCUUUGACGCCCUGGUGACCUUCUGUGAAGAGCUGGGGUGCCGCCAUGCUGCCAUUGCUAAGUACUUUGGAGAUGCACCACCCGCCUGCGCCAAGGGCUGUGACCACUGCCAGAGCCCUGCGGCCGUGAGGAAGAGGCUUGAUGCUCUGGAGCACAGCAGUAGCUGGAACAAGACCUGCAUCGGGCCCUUCCAGGGGAACGGCUUCGAUCCCGAGCUGUAUGAGGGAGGCCGCAGAGGCUAUGGGGGCUUCAGCAGGUAUGAUGAAGGUUCUGGAGGUAGCGGUGAUGAGGGCAGAGAUGAGGCCCACAAGCGGGAAUGGAAUCUUUUCUAUCAGAAACAGAUGAGCCUGCGCAAGGGCAAAGAGCCCAAGAUCGAAGAAUUCACACCCCCAGAUGAAGACUGUCCCCUGAGAGAGGCUUCAAGCAGGAAGAUCCCUAAGCUCACGGUGAAGGCCCGAGAGCACUGCCUGCAGCUUCUGGAGGAGGCUCUGAGCAGUAAUCACCAGGCUGUAGGGUCCGCUGACGGAGCUGCCCUGCAGGCCAAGGCUGUGGAGCUGGAGCAUGGGGCAUUCCGGAAUGCCAAGAUGGUCAACCUGUACAAGGCCAGUGUUCUAAAGAAGGUGGCUGAGAUCCACAAAGCCUCCAAGGAUGGUCAGCUCUAUGACAUGGAAGGGGGCACCAAGAGUUGCAGUGCUGGGGUUGAGCCCUCAGAGCCCAAUGACUAUGACAUCCCACCAACCUCACACGUUUACUCGCUCAAACCCAAGAGAGUAGGAGCUGGCUUCCCCAAAGGAGCCUGCCCAUUCCAGACAGCCACAGAACUGUUGGGGAAGCCAGCCCCUGAGGAUGUGCUGGGAAGUGAACAGUGUCCCCCAGGCUGGCACUGUGACAGUAAAGACGACGACAGGAACAAGCCCCUCCCUGGGAACCAGGGCAAGGCUCCUGGAAGUGGUGGCAGUUGUGGGGAGCUCUCGCCUGAGAAGAGGACAAAGGGCUCUUCCCAGAGCAAUGCCAGGGCUAGAGCCAGCAAGAAACAGCAGCUCCUAGCUGCAGCAGCCCACAAGGACUCCCAGAGCAUCACUCGGUUCCUCUGCCACAGAACAGAAAGUCUACCUUCACCUGCUCCAGGCCCAAGGUCAGGAGACGCCACCCCCUCCUGUGGAGGUGAGCCGGAGGGCUGUGCAGAAGUUGGAGCCCAGGGACGUUUGAACACUCUGGUUCAGACUGAGUGUCCCAAGGAGGAGCCAAGCACCUGCUCACUGCGAGACCACAGCUGCCCUGAAGGUCAGCCUAACCCUCUACAGGAAGCUCAGGCAGGCAAACGGCCCAGAUCGCAGCAGAUACUGGAGGAGGAGAGCUCAGAGAGGAGAACUCAGAAGAGGCUUUGCCCCUCAGCCAAGUCCUCCAUCUUGGCUGAGGCCAAGGGCAGUGCCUUGGCCAGUGAGCACAGCACUGAGAAUAAGAUGGUUGGAGGACACUGCCAGCUCUCAGCUCCUGGCAUCUCCGUGAAAGAGGCUGCUGCUGUUGUGGUCAAGUACCUGACCCCCUUCUACAAGGAGGGCAGGUUCAUAUCCAAGGAGUUGUUUAAAGGGUUUGCCCGCCACCUCUCACAUUUUCUGGCUCAGAAGACCUCUCCUGGAAGGGGUGUGAAGGAAGAGGCCCAGAGCCUCAUCAAGCAGUUUUUCCAUGACCGUGACCGCUGUGAGAGUGAAGCUGACUGGCGUGGCCUGUGUGGCCCACAGCGAUGACCCUGCAGCUGCUGACUGAACAGGGUCAGCACCCCUCCCCGUCAUGGGCAGGCCCAUGCCAGCGGAGCCAACUUUCUCAGGGUCCUCCCCACACCCAGCUCCCACCCUAGCAUACCUCACUGAAGGUUGACACCCAAACCAAGUGCAAGGGUCAGGUCAGAGGUCAGCCCACCUUCCUGCUUAAAACCCCCGUGGUCCUUUCUCGGCCUGCUGCUCCUGGCCUUCGUGACCAGGCUUCCAGAUUAGAAGGUGCAGAUGGUACGGCCAUUCCCACCCUGCCUGCCUGCUCCUCAAUCAAGAUGACAGCUCCAGGCCCUGACCCUCUGCUGGUCGGCAAGGUCGAGCCAAUGAAGAGUUUGCAAGAAUAAAGUCCUGCUUGAGACACAUGCUCACA